AUGCGGCUGCUGCAGUGUGUCUUGCUGUGUGUUUCAUUAUCUCUUGUUUUGAGUGGUCAGCAUAAGCCUGAGGCACCAGGUUAUUCCAGUGUGCUCCACUGUGGGCUGUGGAGCUUCCAGUUUGCUGUAAACCUCAGUCAGGAGGCAACUUCUCCUCCUGUACUAAUAACUUGGGACAACCAAGGGCUGCCGCACAAGCUACAGAAUGACUCUGACUGUGGCACCUGGAUAAGAAAGGGUCCGGGCAGCUCCAUGGUGUUGGAGGCAACCUAUAGCAGCAGCUGCUAUGUCACUGAGUGGGACUCCUACUACAUCAUGCCAGUCGGAGUUGAAGGAGUGGGUGCGGCUGAACACAAGAUGGUUCCAGAGAGGAAGCUGCUCAAGUGUCCUAUGGAUCUUCUAGCCCGAGAUGCUCCAGAUACUGACUGGUGUGACUCCAUCCCAGCGCGGGACAGGCUGCCGUGUGCACCUUCACCCAUCUCUCGAGGAGACUGUGAGGGGCUAGGCUGCUGUUACAGCUCUGAGGAGGUGAAUUCCUGCUACUACGGAAACACCGUGACCUUGCAUUGUACCCGAGAGGGCCAUUUCUCUAUCGCUGUGUCUCGGAACGUGGCCUCACCACCACUGCUCUUGGAUUCUGUGCGCUUGGCCCUUAGGAAUGACAGUGCGUGUAACCCUGUGAUGGCAACACAAGCUUUUGUUCUGUUCCAGUUUCCAUUUACUUCCUGUGGCACCACAAGACAGAUCACUGGAGACCGAGCAGUAUAUGAAAAUGAACUGGUAGCAACUAGGGAUGUGAAAAAUGGGAGCCACGGCUCUGUCACUCGUGACAGCAUCUUCAGGCUCCAUGUCAGCUGCAGCUACUCAGUAAGUAGCAACUCUCUCCCAAUCAAGGCCCAGGUUUUUACUCUCCCACCACCCUUUCCUGAGACCCAGCCUGGAUCCCUCACUCUGGAACUUCAGAUUGCCAAAGAUAAAAACUAUGGCUCCUACUAUGGUGUUGGUGACUACCCCGUGGUGAAAUUGCUUCGGGAUCCCAUCUAUGUGGAGGUCUCCAUCCUUCACAGAACAGACCCCUCCCUGGGGCUGCUCCUACAUCAGUGUUGGGCAACACCCAGCACAGACCCCCUGAGUCAGCCACAGUGGCCCAUCCUGGUAAAGGGCUGCCCCUACAUUGGAGACAACUAUCAGACUCAGCUGAUCCCUGUCCAGAAAGCCUUGGAUCUUCCAUUUCCCUCUCACUACCAGCGCUUCAGCAUCUUCACCUUCAGCUUUGUGGACCCUACAGCUGAGAAACAGGCCCUCAGGGGACCGGUGCAUCUGCACUGCAGCGUGUCAGUCUGCCAGCCUGCUGAGACACCAUCCUGUGCGGUAACCUGUCCUGAUCUCAGUCGCAGAAGAAAUUCAGGCACCAUUUUUCAGAACACUACUGCUAGUGUUUCUAGCAAAGGCCCCAUGAUUCUACUCCAAGCCACUAAGGACCCUCCAGAAAAGCUCCGUGCUCCUGUAGACUCAAAAGUUCUGUGGGUGGCAGGCCUUUCUGGGACCUUAAUCCUUGGAGGCUUGUUAGUAUCCUACUUGGCUAUCAAGAGACAGCUGAAUUGUCCAGACCAAACAUGUCAAUAA